UAGCCUAAGCCCACACUUACUAUCUCUCCCCACGGACAUCUGUCACCGGCUGUUGUUUUUGUUUUUUUUUUUUUUUUUUUUUUCCAGCCUAAUUUGUUUCGACAGCUUGAUUUCCGCAAAGAAGCGUUGGGCUCCCUGGGGAACGGUGCCCGGCGCUGACUGUUCCGCGCAGACCCGGCAGCAUCCCCUUCGACAGUGGCGGCCGCCCAUAGCUCCCCUCUCCCCGCCGCCGGCAGCACAACCGGCCUCGACGGCGGAGAGCCCUACGGGAAGGCGCGGUUAAAUGUCCGUGCCCCGACGCCCGCACCGGGAUCCCGGAGACGACCCAUCUUCGCUCGGUGCCCCGUCAGUGCUCCGGAGCUGUGCGCUCCCGACGGCGGUGGCUGCGCGGCGCCCCAGACUGCGCUGGGGACGGGGACCAGCGGAGAAGGGCGUGCGGGGAUGCCGGGCAGGGCGCUGUUCCUACCCGCGCGGCACGGCACGCCCGGCCCUGCCCGCGCCUCCCGGGCGGCGGGGCGUAGCAGGGGGAGUGCCGGCCGCCCGGGCGCGGAGCCGCCGACACCGCCGCAUAAAAGCCGGAAUCGUGCCGCGCUGCGCCUCCUCGGCGCGGCUCGGCUCGGUCCGGUCCGGGGCGGAGCCACUCCGACGGCCACAUGACAGCCGAGAGCCGGCUGCCGCCGGGCCCCCCGCCGCCGCCGGCAGAGGAGGCGGUGGCGGGGGCGCGGGGCGGGCGGCGCCGCCGCAAGCGUCCGGCAGAGGGGGGCAAGCCGCCGUACAGCUACAUCGCCCUCAUCGCCAUGGCCAUCGGGCAGGCGCCCGAGCGGCGACUGACGCUCGGCGGCAUCUAUCGCUUCAUUACGAGCGCUUCCCUUUCUAACCGCGACAGCCCCCGCAAGUGGCAGAACAGCAUCCGCCACAACCUCACUCUCAAUGAUUGCUUUGUCAAGGUGCCACGGGAGCCCGCGCCCGGCAAGGGCAACUACUGGACGCUGGACCCUCGCCGCGACAUGUUCGAGAGCGGGUCCUUCCUCCGCCGCAGAAAACGUUUCAAGCGCAGCGACCUAUCCAUACCGGCCUUCCUCGCCGAGCGCCCCGCCGCCCCCUGCCGCCCCCUCCCGCUGCCCGCCCCGCCGCCCUCCGCCGACCUGCCCCCGGCCCCCGCCGCCGCCUCCUGUGCCUUCGCCGCCGCCUUCCCCGCGCAGGGCUGCGCCGCCGCUCUGCCCCACGCCUACGCCUCGCUGCCCACCGCUGCUGGGCCCUACGCGCGGGGCCACGGGCCGCUGUACGCGCCGUCGGGGCGCAUCGUGCUGCCCGCCCCUUCGCCCGGCGCCCCUGCGCUCUACGGCCGCCGCUCCCCCGCGCCCUUCCCGCCGCUGCCCCCCGUCUACGGCGCCGGAGGGCAGCUGAGUGCCGCCGAGCCCGCACCGCGACACGGCACCUACCCUGGAGGCUCCGACAGGUUCGUCCCGGCGCUCUGACCUAUCCCGGAGGGGCCCGACAGAGCGGACCGGAGCCGGGGAGACGACGGAGUGCGGGGGUUGCCCGGCACGGCUGCUCCCGGCACUGCCUGGGAAGAUGCCGAAGAACCUUGGUCUGCACCUAUGCAUUCUGCCAUCUGCCUAGGCUUCUUGGGUAGGAGUGUCGCACUCAGCCCUGGGGACCUGGGGUGUCCUGUCCAGCCCUGUCCACUCUCGGCAGAAAAGUCCUAGGGACUCCCAAGUGCUUGGAUGGGACAAACAGUCUCUUCUUCUUCUACAGACUUUAUUGGAGCAAGUGCACAGAGCUUCCUGCCAGGCUCCCACACUCCCACACAACCAGCCGGGCCCCUCUGGUCUACCCAGGAAGAUUUCACGUUUAAAAGUCUCUCUGCUGCUGAUGAUUUUUUUUUAAAGAGAAUUAAAUGUCUGUUGAUGAGGUGAAGGAGGGAGGCAAGAGGAAGCAUUCCCUGGCCUCUUCCAGGCAAAACUAUAAAAGCAGAAUGGUGGCACUGAUGUGGUGGCAUGUCCCUGAUGGCUAUUGCUUUAGCCCCAGGCUUUCCACUGCAGUGUGGCCAAGACUGGAGAAGGUUUGGAUGCCAGGUCUGCAGAAAAAAAAAUCAAGUCAUAUCCUUUGAGGUGUUGUGCUCUGUGCUGCAGGGGUGGGAACAGUGGUGGGCUUGGAACUACAAAAAUUUCUACUCAGGAACAUGCCCAGCCCCUGGAAGAGGGACACAGUGAGGCUGUGGGACCUCUGCCGUUGGAGGUCUUUCCAACUUGAUUGGACAGAGCCUGAUCUGCCUCUGAAGUCGUAGCCAACAUUGAAUCUGGACUUGUUUGGAGUGGAAACCUAAUCCUGAGGUCUGUGGAGGUACUUACAGCCUAAAUUACUUUGAUCCCCAGAUCAGCCCAGCUCUGUAGCCUAGAGAAAUUGGUAUAUAUAGGAGAAAAAUUUUGUUUCUGGAACACCAAGAGGCAGGAUAUGGUGCCUUUUCAUCUUCAGUUGCUCCACUUUCAAGCUUUCUGGGGAUGGAAAAUAGUCUAGAGAAGAUAUGGAGAGGGAACAACUAAUAGGAAUGUGUGUGAGAUAAAAGCUUAAAACUAGAUUUGUGGGGAAACUCAAGCAUACCCCUCCCAACAGAUCCCACCACCCUGGAAAGGAGUCUGGAACAGUAGUGGGUGCCUAGGGCUCUGCUUGGGGCUGUGGGUGUAGAGGGAGUCAACACAGCCCUGCUCCCAGGUCUUCUUAUACAACUCCCUUUUCCCACGGAGGUGGGGAACCUGUCUAUCCAGGGCCAGGAGGAGGCUGGUGAGAAGAUUCUGCAGUGUGGUGGGGCCUUGUAUGGGGAGAGGAAAUGAGAAAGUGCAGCCAGGACCUCAACAGGAGCUUUGGAAGAACAGACGGGGUGCAUGUACACCAGAGUAUCUCUCACCAGAGAAGGGUAUAGAUUGUAGUAUAACUCAGGUUGGAAAAUAUCUUGGGAAAUUUCUGUUCCAAUCAGGUAUCCAAAUCAGAGUCAGCUAUGACUCAGACCAGUAGGCUUAGCCCUAUGUAGUUAAGUGUUCAUCAUCUCCAAGGAUGGAGACAGCGCAGUCUCUUUGGGCAACCUGGAUGUCCUUGUUGGGGAGGUUUCUCCUUGUACCCUCCAUUUAGCACUUCUCUAUUCUCAUUUCAAUGUUUACUGUCUCUUGUCCUACUGCUGUGCUUUGCUGCAAAGGGUUUUUUGAUCCCAUGAAGACACCUAUAUCUUCUGCUCUGCAUUUUUCAGAUGAGGUCCUCAGCAGGAUGAAAUUUGUGUAGAGGCAGAUUUCUUGCUUUCUGUGGGUGCUGCAGUCCACGUAUCCAGGUGGGACAUGAGGGGGGAAAUGGAGUGAAGCAGGAAGGUUGUGGGUGUCCUCACUGCACAGCUUGGUGUGAAGAGUAAAGCCCUCUGCAGUAGGUGGGCAGAAGUUGUACCUUCUGUGGGGCUGUGAGGUAGAGGAUGAGUUUUGGAUUCAAAGGUUUCAGAGUACCAGAGAUGGCAUGUGGUGAGGCAGUGUCUGGGCUGGGAGGCUGAGAGGGACGUGAUAGCACUGCCCUUUGUCUGUGUACCUGCCUGUGGCACUGCAGGAAGCUGCUGUCCGUACACAGACAGAGCCAGUGCGGGGCAAGCACAGACACCGCUCAACUCUUUGGCAUACUGAGUCAGUCAGAUUUUUCCCUUUCUAUCCUUUCUGAAGUGGUACAUCGUAUCUUCCUUAUUCCUCCUGGUCCUGGCACAUCCAGAAGCUGCUACCAUCCUGGAGACAGCUAUUUCAGCCAGGGGCAGGUCUCCCCAGCAGCUGUGCUAACACCUCUCACAACUCUCCCCUCACCAUCUGGAAGAGGAUCUGUACACUUAGCUGUGCCAGCUCCUAGUAUUUUUAGAUAACUGCUGGCUCUGCUUUCAUUGCCUGCAAAGACUGGACUGUGUCACUUUGACAGAAAGCCAUGCCAAGCUCUUGCUCAUUUGAGGGUAGCUGGGAGAAGAGCUGUCCUGACUUUUAAUGCCUUUCUUUCCUUCCUGUAGAAGCAGUUAUCAAUGUGGACCAGAUAAUUUUCAUAGAAUCAUAGCAGUGCUGGGUUGGAAGGGACUCAUCAGGAUCAUCAAGCCCAGCUUCUGUACCUGUGCAGGACACCCCAAGAAUCAUACCCUGUGCCUGAGAGUAUAAUCCAAAUGCUUCUUGAACUCUCUCAGCCUUGGUGCUUGCUCCUGGAAAGCCUGUUCCAGUGCUCAGCCACUGUGAAGCUUGUCAUUGGUCAUGAGAGUGACGAGCUUAGAUGCCUUCUGAUCCUUGUUGCUCUCAUCUUGUUCUCUGCUUCAGGCCUCAUGCCAGUUUAGAGUUCAGUCUAAACAAAGGUCACCAGUGAUGAUACAGGUUUUGAGGAAGAUGCUUCUGAACUCAGGUGGCAUCUGUAGGCAGUUCAGAGAGCAAAACUCAGUGUCUGAAGGACAGGCCUGACAGAUCUUGGUGACUUAGAAUGCACAGAUUGGAUAGAUUCAGUUGUGUAUUGUUUGCAGAGAAGGUCUAGAUGCUUGUUCUUGUUUCUCUCCAGAUCUUUCCAAACUAGGGAACUGGGCAUAUCUAGAUGGUAAUUUUUUGCAGCAGGUACAGUUAUGAGCUUGCUGCAUUAAGAACCUGAGACAUGGUCAAAGACUGCUUAAACUUUGGUCACAAACAGCUAGAAACCCUGGUCAGAACUGGAGAGCUUCUGGUUCCAUUCAAGGAACUCUAUAUCUGUGUGGGUUCUGUACUUCAAGCUUUUUUAGGCAAAACUAGACAAAGCUGUACCUGCCCUUUGCUAGUGCUGGCAGUGCUCCAACCUCCCACUUGCAGCAGGCCUGGAGACUUCAGCAAUCCUUUCCCACCAGCACUGCUAUGGUUUUGUGGCUGCUCGAACCUCUCUGAGCUGUCCUGUAGGCUCAGGUGCCAAGGGUGUGCUGGGCACUGCGGGUCUGUCCAGGCUGUGCCUUGUGGCGCUGCCCCUGUGCCCAUGUGUGACAUGGGACUGCCUGAGCACUGACAGAGGAAAAUAUGCUUGUUGUGUCCUUGGGGAGCCAUGGGGUUGGGUCUGUCUGUGAGGAUAUGGGGAUAUGCCAAGAGGAUACGUUAGACAACUGGAUCUCAGUGUAUGCUUGUGCCAUGGGGAUAUGUUAAACAUGUGGGUCUCAAUGUGUUUUGUCUGGCACAUUGCUUGUAAUUCUCAGGCACCACCAAGAAUAAGAAAAGAUUUGAUUUCUAUAAGUUUUAUUGUAAAUAUCUGAGAGCUUUCCUUUUAGCAAAGUUGGUCUAAGUUUCAAACUACUUUUUUGAUUUCUGUCUGAAGAGUCCAAUAAAUCUGUAUUCUAAACCUGUAGGAAAGUCUUAAAUAUGAGCACUGAUAGAAGAGAGAGGGACCUUGAAAAUGCUCAUUCCUCAAAGGACAGAGCCUCUCGGUUCCUCUUCUGUCCAGGUUCUGGUAUAGCCAGGCCCUGAGCAGACUUUGAGAAAGAAGUGGACUGUACAGCCUAGGAGAACUUUGUAUUCUGUACUGGAGAUUUUUUGCCUUUUUGUAUUUACUCUUCUAUUUCACUUGAAAUGGAAAUAAAUCUUUGCAUUGUUUGUGA